CUGAGAGAGCGGGAAAACGAGGCGUCGCCCGCCGGCCGGGACGCCCCGGAGCCGGCCCAUGGGGAGCUGGCUCCCGGCGCCGGCCACGACGACCGUCGCUAGCGCAGCGCCCGGCGCGUGAAGCCCAGGGCCCCCCUCUGGGAGAACCCCAUGAGGGCAGGAGAGUGAUGGAGAGUACGCCCAGCUUCCGGAAGGACAGUGGCACCUGGGAGAAGACAAUCCCUGAGAACGGCCUCGUGGGACAGGAGCUGGGGAGCCCACUGCGAGAUGGCCCACGCCGUGGGACCCUGUGCCUGGGAGAACCGGCUCCCUUCUGGAGGAGUGUCCUGAGCACCCCAGAGUCCUGGCUGCCCCCUGGCUGUCCCCAGAGUAUGAAGGACAUGCUCCCACUGGUGGAGGGCGAUGGCUCCCGGAAUGGGGAGUGGAAGACUGGCUGGCUGGGCAGCAAGGAGGGGCUGCGCUGGAAGGAGGCUGUGCUCACCCACCCACUGGCCUUCUGUGGGGCAGCAUGCCCACCCCGCUAUGGGCCUCUGAUUCCUGAGCAGAGUGGGAGCCAGCCCAAGAGUGACCCUACAGCCUUCCGGCCCUUGCACUGCCCCUUCCUUCUGGAGACCAAGAUCCUGGAGCGAGCUCCCUUCUGGGUGCCCACAUACUUGCCACCAUACCUGGUGUCCGGCCUGCCCCCAGAGCGCCCAUGUGACUGGCCUCUGGCUCCGCACCCCUGGCUACACUCAGGGGGCCAGCCCAAAGUGCCCUCUGCCUUCAGCUUAGGUGGCAAGGGCUUUUCCCAUAAGGAUCCGAGCAUUCUCAGGCUGGCAAAGGAGCCACUAACAUCUGUGGAACCUGGAUUAUUGGGUUUAGCACCCAGUGGCCCGAUCCCGAGAACAGCGGGUAUAGAACGACCUUCACUCCAUCAGCAGGACGGAGAGCCGGGAAUUGGCCAGCCUCCCAAUCUUUGCCCACUUUUCCUGGGGCACCCAGAUGCUGCUCCCCGCGCCCCCUGGCCCAUGUGCCCUCCAGGCCUGGUUCAUACUUUUAGCAACAUGUGGGCUGUGCCAGGCAGUGGAGGCCUUGGGCACCACCCGCUGGGGCCACCAGUCACAUCAGGAUGCCCUUCUCCUGGGCCUCCUGGCUCCCAGCUGGGCUGUUGCUCAUCCCACCCACCUCUCAGUGGAGGGCUGGGUCAUUGUGGGAAGUGCCAAGAUGGCCUGGACUUGGUCAGCAGUGAGCCGGGUGAGUCCAGUGAGGAAGCUAACAAGGCCUCAACACCCAGGGCCUGCCCGCCCAGCCACCAUACCAAGCUGAAGAAGACAUGGCUCACUCGACAUUCUGAGCAAUUUGGGUGCCCAGGUGGCUGUGGCAGGGAUGAGGAGAGACCAGAUGUCCCGCUAGGGGCCCUCAAAAGGGCAAGCAGCCCUGAAGACCAGGAAGCAGUGGGCAGCCCAGCCCCCAAGCGCCCGCCUGCCCCUUUCCCAGGCAGUGCAGGGCCUGGGUCCAGAGGUUGGCAGGAGGCGCAGAAUUCAUCGCUUGGGAACAAGACACAGGCAGAACAACGUGCUAGCCACAAAGGACCCCAGGACAGCAAGACAAGCCUGCAGGACACAGGGCUACAGGACACACCCUGUUUGGCUCCCCCAGCAGGCACUGCUCAGUGCCAAAGUUGUGCCCAGAGAGCAGGAGAGACAAGCGGGCAGGCCUGCCACUCCCAGCAAGCAUCCAGAUCACCUGUGGGACAGGAGCAGCAACAGGAGGACCACUUGGCCGCUGGCUCCAAGGAGGAAGGAGGGUCUGGUCCAGAAGCCCAGCUCAGCCUGCGCCUGGCCAAGCACUUGCUGAGUGGUUUGGGGGAUCGGCUGUGCCGCCUGCUGCGGAGGGAGCGGGAAGCCCUAGCUCGGGCGCUGCGAGAAGGCCAGGGGCCAGCAGGGACGGAGGACAGCCCAGACAUUGCGCGCUGCUGUAGCCGCUGCCACCACGGACUCUUCAACACCCACUGGAGAUGCCCCCGCUGCAGCCACCGGCUGUGUGUGGCCUGUGGCCGCAUACUGGGUGCUGGAAGGGUCCAGGAGAGAGCAGGCCCUCAGCAGUCCGUGGAGGAGUGUGCUCUGGAGACCGGCCACAACACCUGCUCUCUGAUGCUCACCCAGUUUGUUUCGAGCCAGGCUUUGGCAGAACUGAGCACUGCCAUGCACCAGGUCUGGGUUAAGUUUGACAUCCGAGGACAUUGUGCCUGCCAAGCUGAUGCCCGGGUGUGGGCUCCUGGGGAUGGGAGCCAGCAGAAGGAGCCAACAGAGAAAACACCAGCAACAUCCCGACCUUCCUGCAAUGGGGACACCAACAGGAUCAAGGACAGCAAAGAGGAGACACCGGGGGUGGACCGCACUGGCCAAGGGCCCUUGCCUUGCCCUUCUCUCUGUGAACUGCUGGCCUCCACUGCUGUCAAACUCUGCCUGGGUCACGAGAGGGUCCACAUGGCCUUUGCCCCCGUCACUCCAGCCCUGCCCAGCGAUGAUCGCAUCACCAACAUCCUCGACAGCAUCAUCGCUCAGGUCGUGGAACGGAAGAUCCAGGAGAAAGCCCUGGGGCCAGGCCUGCGCAAGGGUCUGGGCCUGCCCCUCCCGCCCGUGCGGUCCCGGCUGCCUCCCUCUGGAGCUCUGCUGUGGCUGCAGGAGCCCAGACCACCAUGUGGCUUUCACCGUUUUCAGGAGCAUUGGAGGCAGGGCCAGCCGGUGUUGGUGUCUGGGAUUCAGAGGACACUGCAAGGCAACCUGUGGGAGACGGAAGCUCUGGGGUUGCUUGGAGGCCAGGUGCAGGCCUUGAGCCCUCUGGGGCCGCCCCAGCCCACAAACCUGAGCAGCAUCACUUUCUGGGAGGGGUUCUCCCGGCCAGAGAUUCGCCCCAAGACAGAGGAAGGCUCCGUGCUCCUGCUGCGCCGCACGCUGGGGGCCGAGGAUGCCAGCCGAGUAGAGAAUCUGGCCUCUAGCCUGCCGCUCCCGGAGUACUGCGGGCGUCAGGGGACACUCAACCUGGCCUCCUACCUUCCUCCUGGCCCUGCCCUGCGUCCUCUGGAGCCCCAGUUGUGGGCAGCCUAUGGGGUGAGCCCACACCGGGGACACCUGGGCAUCAAGAACCUCUGCGUGGAGGUGACUGAUCUGGUCAGUAUUCUGAUCCGUGCUGAAGCGCCACUGCCUGCCUGGCACCGGCUCCAGAAAGACUUCCUCUCAGGCCUGGACGGGGAGGGCCUCUGGUCACCAGGCAGCCAGGUCAGCACCGUGUGGCACGUGUUCCGGGCCCAGGACGCCCAGCGCAUCCGACGUUUCCUCCAGAUGGUUUGCCCGGCCGGGGCAGGCAACCUGGAGCCUGGGACCCCCGGAAGCUGCUAUCUGGAUGCAGGGCUACGGCGACGGCUGCGGGAGGAGUGGGGCGUGAACUGCUGGACCCUGCUUCAGGCCCCCGGAGAGGCAGUGCUGGUGCCUGCAGGAGCCCCUCACCAGGUUCAGGGCCUGGUGAGUACCGUGAGUGUCACCCAGCACUUCCUGUCCCCUGAGACUGCAGCGCUCUCUGCUCAACUCUGCCAUCGGGGACACAGCCUGCCCCCUGACAGUCACCUGCUCUGUGCCCAGAUGGACUGGGCUGUAUUUCAAGCAGUGAAGUUGGCUGUGGGAACGUUGCAGGAGGCGAAAUAGGGGGCCUCAGGUGUCUGGGGCUGGUGCUCAGUCCUGGAACAGCCUCAGGCGAGCAUAGGAAUCUUGGAUCCAUCCCAGGAGCACCACUCUGGGACACCUGACCUGUAGCAUCACAGUGCUACCAAAGCUGCCCCUACUUUGCCUCUCUUCUGCCCAUGGUACAAGGCUCAUUUGGGGGUGACUGACUCCCUCUGGCCCCUACCCUAACCCAGCAGACCAAAAGCUCUUCUUUGGGGGAAAUCUCGGGAAACUUUCUGACUUCAGCAACACCUGCUGCUGCCUCCUCCUCCCUGCUGUCCUGCCUGUGCUCCAAGUUACACUCACACCUACAUCCUUCCUGUGGGCAUGCAGGGCUAAUGGCUAGGGGCUCCUGCCCUUUUUUCAGAGAGUUGGACAGUGAGGGGGGACCUUGGGCCUGAGAGUAGCUGUGUCCUUUCCAGCUUACCUUGCUUCUCAUCCUUAUCUCCACUGGCCAUGGUUCUGGGAAGCCACACGAUGCCUGUUGGUCACCUGCACAGAGGCACAGAAACAGGUGGUACAACUUGGUCUGAUGGGGAGGGAUCGAAAACACCCCAGCCUGCUCUCUGGGCACCUGGGUUCCUACCUCCCACUCUGGGCUGCCCCUCAAGAUGCUCCCAAUGUAAUAGCAAACAAGGAUCCUGAGACAGGGUGCCUCCCUGGGCGGUGUCAGCUGCAGGGGUGUGGGAGUCCCGUGGGAGCCCCAAUUCUUUCAGCCGGCUUGA